UAUAGACGAUAUAAAACAGCUUCCCCUUUUUUGUUCAGGUACAUUUCGCAUGCUCGUCGAUUCAACCCAGAGAUUCAGAGCCUGAGCCCGAGUGAAUGCAACACUGCCAGCACUGCAGACGACAGUUGGAAUGACGCUGAUUCAGCGAAUGAGAGAUUUAUCAGAACUGUGAGAGCUCAUUGCAAAAAAAAAAAAACUACCUGUAGAUUCACGAUAACCUAAAACGAUGUUCAACGCAGUCCGCCGCACUCUUAUCAGCAAGGCCGCGAUGCCGCUGGCGCGCGCGCAGUUCUCGGCGCCCCAGCGCCUGUUCAGCAUGGCGUCGGUGCGCCUGAGUGAGCACCACGACGCGCCGCUGCUGCAGGGCCCGGGGGCGCCAGCGGGCCGGACGCCGACGAACUUUGACCAGGCGACGGGAGCCGAGCGUGCCGAGCACCUGGCGGCGAUGGAGGGCCAGGACUACUUUGACAUGGGUCCGCUGGUGCUGGCGACCAAGGGCACGAAGAAGGAGCCGACCAUUGUGCCGUCGGGCGCGGCGUCGCGCAUUAUUGGGUGCACUGGCGCGCCGGGCGAGGACCACGAGCUGGUCUGGCUGGUGGUUGAGCGCGAGCAUGAGAUCGACAGGUGCCCGGAGUGCGGCAACGUGUUCAAGCUGUCGGAGCAGGGCUUCGAGGCCAACCCGGCCCAUGUCCAUGCCAACCCGGCCGGUGGCCACAGCCACUAAAUAUGAGAUGUAGAUGUGCAGGGGCCGCCGCCGCCGGUUCGCCUUUGCUGCUUGUUUCUGUUUUUUUUGCCGCUCUCUCUAUCUAUCUUCUUGGUGUUGUCUUCCGGCCAUCAACCGGCCAAGGCUCCAAAUAUAAACGCACCUUUCAAAUCACCGAUAACAUAGGCGCC